AUGGCUGCUAACCAGGCCUCACUUGAAGCCGACAAGAUCACUGCGGUCCAGACUAGUCCUGCUUCGGUCGCCAGUUCUCCUGCGAACUCAGCGGACCUGGACGAUGACUAUCAUUUAUACAAGCGGAGUGAUGAUCAAGAACUCGACCCAGCCGAAUCCAGAAAAGUGCUGCGCAAGCUUGAUGUGCGAAUAGUUCCUAUCCUCUUUCUCAUAUACCUACUGCAAUAUCUCGACAAGAAUGGCAUCAACUACGCCAGUGUGUACGGUUUGCAAAAAGGCACGAAUCUACAUGGCCAAGAUUACUCCUGGUUAGGCUCGAUAUUCUAUUUUGGCUAUCUCUGGGCGCAGUAUCCGGCUGGUUAUUUGCUACAAAGACUUCGGGUUGGAAAGGUGAUCGGGGCCACUACGAUCGCUUGGGGGAUCAUCCUGAUCACGACGCCGGCAUGUACAAGCUUUGCCGGCAUCGCGGUGAACCGGUUUUUGCUAGGCUCGUUUGAGGCGGUUGUCAACCCGGGAUUCAUUCUCAUUAUGAGUAUCUGGUACACAUCGCUGGAGCAACCCUUGAGAUUAGAGGCCUACUAUUGCACAAAUGGCAUUGCAACGAUGUUUGGAGGCUUGAUUGGUUAUGCUGUUGGGCAUAUCACAACCGGUCUCCCGCGCUGGAUGUACGUCUUUAUUAUAUUCGGCAGCAUUAGCAUCGCUCUGGGUAUCCUGGCUCUCGUCAUCCUCCCGGAUCAACCCUCGACUGCAAAAUUCCUCAGCGACGCGGAGAAAGUGAUUGCCGCCAAGCGUGUUUCUGCCAAUCGCCAAGGCAUCAAAAACCGGCAUUUCAAGUCCUACCAAAUGUGGCAGACGUUCAAGGAUCCAAAGACGUGGAUCUUAUUCGUCAUGGCCGUCGGCGCGCAGGUUCCCAACUCGGCAAUCACUCAAUUCACAUCGCUGGUGAUUCAAUCCUUCAAUGUCGACACUUUGGGGACGCAGUAUCUGCAGAUCCCUGGCGGCGCGGUCCAAUUCGUCGCCCUCAUUGGCGGAGGCAUCAUCUGCUCCAAGUGGCCGAAUCUCAGAUGCAUCACGAUGAUUGUGGCCAACACUAUCUGUAUCGUUGGCUCCGCGCUACUCGUUGGUCUGCCCGACAGCAACAAAUGGGGUCGUUUGGUCGGACUGUGGUUGUGUUUUUUCCAGGGGCUGGGCUUCAGCAUGAGUUUGACCAUGGUCAGCUCCAACGUAGCUGGGUAUACCAAGAAACAACUCACGGCAGCGAUCCUCUUCACGGGCUACUGCGUGGGAAACAUCAUUGGGCCGCAAACAUUCAAGUCGAGCGAGGCGCCGCGAUAUCAUUCCGCCUACGUGGCGAUGCUGGUCGGCUACACGAUCAAGCUAGUGUCAAUCAUUGUCUUGUACGUCUACAUGUUCCUCGAGAACAAGAGGCGGGAUCGCGAAGCUGCCGCGUCUGGCGUUGCGGAUCUUGAUGAAGAGAAAGAGGCCAUUGAACGAGGAAUGCACGAUGUCACGGAGCUGGACAACAAGGGUUUCAGAUACACGCUAUAA